GUUUACGAGUGUACAUUGUGUAACAUAAUGUAGUAUGUUGUGACAUUACCAUCUGCGAACAUGUGGCGAGUGGCUGUACUGGCGUGCUUUGUGACUAUGGUGAUUGGAGGGAAAGCUCCAACGUUAGACCUGAAUGAUGGACACAAGAUUCCCGUAGUGGCAUUGGGAACCGGCCGAGGCACUGCUGGGGCGGCACCAAUAGACGAAGUUCGAGACGCGGUUUUCUGGGCCAUAGAGGCGGGGUACCGGCACAUAGAUACGGCAGCUGUCUAUGGGGACGAGGAGCAGGUUGGCCAAGGAGUAGCUGAUGCCAUCAAGAAAGGCUUGGUGAAGAGGGAGGAGCUCUUCAUCACUACUAAGCUGUGGAACGACAAACAUGCGCGUGCGUCGGUUGUGCCGGCGCUGCGAGAAUCACUCGCAAGGCUGGGGCUGGAUUAUGUCGAUCUAUAUCUUAUACACUUCCCGAUUGCAGCAAAGAGCGAUGGUUCACCAGACGAUACUGACUACCUAGACACCUGGAAGGGAAUGGAAGAGGCUAAGGAGUUGGGCCUGGCCAAGUCCAUUGGGGUGUCCAACUUCAAUGCCACGCAGAUUGACAGGCUGGUCGCCAACAGUAAAGUCAAGCCAGCAGUCAACCAGAUUGAGGUGAACCCAACGCUAACCCAGGAGCCCCUGGUCUCCCACUGCCAAGGUCUGGGGAUAGCCGUGAUGGCGUACAGCCCCUUCGGCUUCCUCGUCACCAGGAAGACGGCUGACGCGCCCCCGCCCAGGGUAGACGAUCCUACCCUGCUCAGGAUCGCCCAGAAGUAUGGCAAGAACACCGCUCAGAUCGUGUUGCGAUAUCUGGUUGACCGAGGCCUCGUCCCUAUUCCCAAGUCAGCAAACAAAGACCGUAUAGCUCAGAAUAUUGAUCUAUUUGACUUCGAGCUCACCAAAGAAGAAGUGGCAGAGAUUAGCAAAUUCAAUAAAAAUGUCAGAGUCAUUCACCCCACAGGUUGGGAGAAAUACCCAAAUUACCCUUUUUAGGGAGGAAAUGAUAACGUUUUCGAAGUUUGAUUGAAAACAUAUUUUUAAUUGAAAUACAUCACAGUGAUGUGUAAAAGACGGAAUUGUAAAAGUACAAAUACUCAGUUUAAAUCGUGAGAUUAUUUUAUGGAUGUAAUAAAAUAAGAUAUCAAAUUAAUAAACUAUUUCUAAUUUUAAAA